GCCAAAACUAACAUAUCUCUAAUAAAUUAGUCGGACGGAGAAGAGACUGUUUCCAACCCCGUUGCCGCCGCCGAUGAGGUCGAGGUCAGCGCCGACGCCGGCGCCGGUGGCCAGAUGUCGGUCCUCGACGCCCUCAAGGGUGUCCUCCGCAUCUCCCUGAUCCACGACGGUCUUGCCCGUGGUCUCCGUGAGGCCGCCAAGGCUCUUGACCGCCGUCAGGCUCACAUGUGUGUCCUCAACGAGGGCUGUGAGGAGGAGGCCUACAAGAAGCUUGUCAUUGCCCUGUGCUCCGAGCACAAGAUCCCUCUCAUCAAGGUCCCCGAUGGAAAGAUGCUUGGUGAAUGGGUCGGUCUUUGUAUGUUUUCCCCUCCCCGAACCACCUUUUGGUAAAGAAAAAAGAAAAAAAAAUAUGUGAAAAAUGGGGGAUUGUGUGGCUAACGGUGAUUGCAAUUUAUAGGCCAGCUUGACCGUGAGGGUAACGCUCGCAAGGUCGUCAACUGCUC